AAGAAGAAGAUUAAGAAAUUCAGGUUGUUAAAUAGUGAUGAACCUCAAGUUGAGGUAAUACUUGCUGAUGGAAGUAAAACAAUUUUUGAGCGACAAGAGCUUCUUGAAUUUGCUCGUAGUUGUCCUCUGCAACCGGGUGGUGCUCCGUUGGUUGGUGAUAUGCUGCUGGGAGUGUAGUCAUGUAAUUAUAAGAUGCGAAAUCGAAUUUACAUAAUUUUGCUCCCCAGCCCCUUUAUUUGGUUUGAUGUCACUUGAUGAUAAUCUGGGACCCAUAAUUAAUGACGCUCACUUUUUUAAACCCUUAUUUGAGGGUUUGUCUGGUAAACUAACGUAUGGCCACUUGAACUGCCAAAGUAUUCGCCCAUCGAGAUUCAAUAAUAAAAUUGAUGAGCUUCGAUCCUUGCUGGUUGGUAGUGGUAUCAGCAUUUUUGGUGUCACUGAAUCUUGGCUUAAUUCUGCAGUCUCAUCGAAAUCGUUGGUUGUUCCAGGAUAUAAGCUGGUGCGGAGUGAUCGUGUUGGUCGUGUUGGUGGUGGGGUAUGUCUCUAUAUUGGUAGUGGCAUUCCUUAUAAGGUAGUUUUUCGUUCAAAUAAUUUUGGUGUUUGUGAGUCGGUGUGUGUUGAGUUGAAUAUUGGGGCAUUGGUUUUGCUUGUGGCGGUAGUAUAUCUUCCCCAUGGCGAUGUUCAGUCUUUCUGUGAUGUACAUGAGAGUUUGUUUGAUCGCUUCUCUAAUAUCAUUGUCCUUGGCGAUUUUAACUGUAAUUUAUUUGUGUCUUCGAACUCUGUUUCGAUGAGAGGAUUAUGCAGAUCAUUGGGGCUAACUAUUGUGCAUAACAUGAAACCUACCCAUUAUGAUUUGGCCCAUAACUCUACCUCGUUAAUUGAUUUUUGCCUUACUAGUGAUAAUUUGUCCUUGGGUUUCUCGUCUCAGGGUCGAUGUCCUGGUAUAUCACACCAUGCCUUUGUUUUUGGUUCGCUUAACCUGCCUGUAUUUUCAGAGGAGAGAUUUAUUGAGUAUCGUAACUUUGGCCGAGCGGAUUGGUUGGGCAUUCUAAAUUUCAUAUCCGAUUUUGACUUCAACCCCUUAUAUUCCACUUCUGAUGUGAAUUGUCAACUUUCACUAUUUGAUUUGUUGUUUAACGCGCUAUUGUCUUUCGUUCCUGUUUCUGUUCGUAAGGUCAACCCCAGGAAUGAUGCAUGGUUGGAAUCUGAUGUGGUAAAAUCGGCACGGAUGUUUAGAGAUCUUGCGUACUUUGAGUGGCGCAAGCGACCUAUGGAGGGUAAUAGAAUAAUAUAUUGUAUGUAUAGGAAUCGUUGUAAGGCUGUGAUGAGGAAUGAGAGGCGUAAGUACUAUAAUGAUUUCUUUGGUCGUAUGAAUAAUAAUCAGCUGUGGAAAUCUCUAAAGUCGUUUGGUGUUUUGGGUAGUGAUAAUGAAGCUCCACCAAUUGAUGUCAAUGCUGCUAAUCAUUAUUUUUCCAGUGGGAAUCCUGGUUUUGUGGGUGAGCGUGGUCAGUCUCUUUAUAGUGAGGGUCAUGUGGGAGAUGAUGUUUUUCGGUUUUAUUGCAUAUUUUAUUCUGAUGUUGUAAGGUCAUUAAAUAAAGUUAAGUCGGGAGCUGUGGGGGUUGAUGGCGUGCCAGUAAAGUUUUUUAAACUUAUAUUUCCAUACAUUUCCUGUCAUUUCCUGCAUUUUGUUAACUCGAUUUUUAUGACAUCUACUUUUCCUCGGGCGUGGAAGGUUGCACGAAUUGUUCCUGUGCCGAAAACUGGCGAAUCAUUUGAUUUGCCGAAUCUGCGUCCCAUUAGCAUUCUACCUGCUAUGUCAAAAGUCGUUGAGCAUAUUAUUAAAGAAGCGAUUGUUGACUUCCUUGAUGAUCGUAGGCUAUUGAGUAGUUCUCAGUUUGGUUUUCGGCGACGAUGUAGUACGACCACGCACUUAUUAUAUCUUACUGACAUGAUUAGAGAUGUAUUUAAUUCAUCUGAUGUUGGGUUAUUAUUGGGCCUUGACUUGUCAAAGGCUUUUGAUUCGAUAAACCAUUCCCUUUUACUUGACAAGCUGAGGGUUAAGUUUGGUUUUUCAUCUUCUGCGUGUCGUUUAAUGGCUUCAUAUUUGGAAGGUAGGUCUCAGUUUGUUGUUCAUUUGGGUGUUUCGUCUGAAGUUUGUAGUGUCCAAUGUGGAGUCCCGCAAGGUUCUGUACUGGGACCGUUGUUAUUUAUUAUGUUCAUUAAUGACAUUGUGCACUCAGUGGUUGAUGACAGGUGUUGUCUGUUUUUGUAUGCAGAUGAUAUUCAUGUUUUCUUCAGAGAGGCUGAUAUUGCUGGGUUGGAAGGAUUGGUUAAUUCUAUUGUUUUGUCUCUUUCGUCGUGGAUUUCGCUAAAUGGCCUUAUGAUUAAUUGGAAUAAAACUAAAGCUAUGCUGUUCAAUGAUCAUGGUAAUGGUGGUUCUCUUAAUAUUACUGUGGGUUCUGUGUUAGUGAAAUUUGUUGAUGAAAUGAAAUGUCUUGGUAUUAUAAUUGAUCGGAAGUUGGACUUUAAGAGACACAUUGAUUCCUUGCUUUGUCGCAUAAGGUUUCAGCUGCGGAGGCUGUAUUGUCUUAAUGCUUAUUUGCCUUGUCAUGUUAGGAAGAGAGUGGUUGUAUCCUUGCUGCUAUCGCAGGUAAAUUAUUGUCUAGAGGUAGUCUCCGGUACUACUUCUUCUCAAAUGCAACGUAUCCGUAGGGCGGUAAAUUCGAUUGUUCGUUAUGUGUAUGGCUUGCGUCGUGGUGAUCAUGUUUCUUGUUUUGUUAAUGAUCUCCUGGGAUUGCCAUUUAGCAGCUACGUUGAUCUUCGUAUUCUUCAAUUUCAUUACAGUGUUAUGUGCAAUUUUGACUCGCCUCUUCGUGACAACUUUGUGUUUUGUAGAUCAUCUCGAAAUCCUCAAUUGUUGUGUCCAAGGUUUUCGUCCUCCAUUGGUGAGAGAUCAUUUGUGGUUAGGGCGGUGAGAUUGUGGAAUCAGCUGCCUUUGGCCUUACGUACUUUUGCCCAUACCAAUUAUCUGUUUAGGGUUAAAGUAAUUGAAUACCUUCGCCUAAAUAUGUAGGCUAUGUUUUUGUAGUGGUUGCGUCGGUUUAUUAUGGGUUUUUCUUUUUGCUUUUCUUUUUGUUUGGGCUGGGGAGCCACUAUAUUAUCUUCUUAAUUUUAUUUGUAGGGUAUAAUGUGAGUUACUAUUUAUACUCUGUUUUGUGAGUAAUAAAAUAGUUAUCUCUUAUUUUUAGCUCGUUUCUGCUACACUUUUUCACUGCUCUACUAGACUAUUGUUUAGUUGGUGAUGGUGAAUCGAGGUGUAGGGUUCGAAUUAUCACGUGAAUUAUUAAGAUAAAUUAUUAGGUUUAAUAUGUUAUUUGUUAAGUUUGAAUUAAUCAUUGAAUUUGUAUUAUGUUAGGGUAUUGUAGAUAGAUAAUAUAAGUUAUGGGCCCUGUGGGCUUAUUUAUAUUUCUUUGUAAGGUAAAUAAAUGAAAUAAAUGAAAUGAAGCUUCAAGCUUUUUAUGUACAUGCACCUUUUUUCUUUUACCAGAAAUACAAAGCUAAUAUAAUGCUCAUGUGUCUCAACCAUAAGAAGCAAAUUUUGACUAUUCCAAAAACAGAGGCCAUUGUUGCUCCAAAUGAUUUUCUUUUAAGAUUUAACAACUCAAGAACAGCGGUUAUAGAUCUGAAAGAUUAUGGCGAUUGGCUAAAAUCCAAAUAACACAAAAUCACAGAUAUUAUCAUUUAGUUAUAUUUUUCAUUUGUUAAUCACAUAUGCUUCUUACAAGUAUGGGCUUUUUUUAACUAAAACAUUUGGAUUCGAAUUUCAAUUGAUUAUGUUUAAGUGAUGAACGAUUUCAAGCCAAUUAGGUACAUAAAAUCAAUUUUUCUUGUCGUAGCAUGCAUGUACAUAGAAAAUAAAUAUUGAUAAUUCACAUAAACAAAAAAAUUAACAUAAAUAUUUAAUGAAACGAAUAAACUUAACAUAAUACUCUAUUCCAGGAGUUGUUUUUUUUU